GGUCUCGGUUUGUUGCCGGAGCGCCAUGUUUGCGUAAACAAAAGAAAGCGUUUCCACAGCUGCACAGAGACAGCUGUUCACUUUCACAGCCGGAGGACGCAGCAACACGGCAAAAUGAAAUGUUUAGAAUUACUGUAGGACGCUGAGGAUAAGACGAAGCUCUUUAUAAUGCCUUUUCCAAUUACAGCUACGCAACUGACCCAGGACACCCCAAAGAAUUAUGGGAUCACGUCACCGAUCAGCCUGGCUCAGCCGAAAGAGUCGGACCUGGUGCAGACGCAGAAACUGGUGCAGGCACUGAAGCCUUUUGGUGUGUUUGAGGAGGAGCUGGAGCUGCAAAGGAGAAUCCUGGUUUUGGGGAAACUGAACACGCUGGUCAAGGAGUGGAUUCAGGACGUCAGCAGAUCCAAGAAUAUACCGCCGUCAUUGAUAGAAAACAUCGGAGGAAAAAUAUUUACGUUCGGCUCCUAUAGGUUAGGAGUCCACACAAAAGGAGCUGAUAUCGACGCUCUGUGUGUCGCUCCUCGACAUGUGGAUCGGUCGGACUUCUUUAGCUCUUUUUACGAGAAGUUGAAAGAGCAGGAGGAGGUCAAAGACUUAAGGGCGGUUGAAGAGGCGUUUGUCCCCGUCAUUAAACUGUGCUUUGAUGGCAUUGAGAUCGAUAUCCUGUUUGCUCGGUUAGCGCUGCAGACCAUUCCAGAGAACCUGGACCUGCGGGACGAUAGUUUACUGAGGAAUCUGGAUAUCCGCUGUAUACGGAGUCUGAAUGGCUGCAGGGUGACUGAUGAGAUUCUGCACCUGGUGCCCAGCAUCGAGAAUUUCCGACUCACUCUUCGGGCCAUCAAACUGUGGGCUAAACGUCACAACAUAUAUUCGAACAUCUUGGGUUUCUUGGGCGGUGUGUCAUGGGCGAUGCUGGUAGCGAGGACGUGUCAGCUUUACCCCAAUGCUGUGGCUUCGACCCUCGUGUACAAGUUCUUCUUAGUGUUUUCUAAAUGGGAGUGGCCUAAUCCAGUCCUUUUGAAGCAGCCAGUGGAGUGUAACCUCAACCUGCCAGUGUGGGACCCGAGGGUGAUCCCGAGUGACCGGUACCACCUCAUGCCCAUCAUCACACCAGCUUAUCCUCAACAGAACUCCACCUACAACGUGUCCGUGUCCACCCGUAACGUCAUGGUUGAAGAGUUCAAACAGGGUCUGGCCAUCAUGGAUGAAAUAUUGCAGAACAAAGCAGACUGGUCCAAACUAUUUGAAGCUCCAAACUUCUUUCAGAAAUACAAGCAUUAUAUUGUGUUGCUAGCAAGCGCGCCCACUGAGAAGCAGCACCUCGAGUGGAUCGGCCUCGUCGAGUCCAAGAUCCGAAUCCUGGUGGGAAGCCUGGAGAAAAACGAGUUCAUCACUCUCGCACAUGUGAAUCCACAGUCGUUCCCAGGACACAAGGAAAGCAAUAAAGCGCCCGAGUUGAGCACAAUGUGGGUCAUUGGUAUCGAGUUCAGGAAAAUGGAAGGGUCUGAACUUCUUAACGUCGACUUGACCUUCGACAUACAGUCGUUCACAGACACGGUGUACCGUCAGGCCAUCAGCAGCAAGAUGUUCGAGUCCGAUAUGAAAAUAACAGCGAUGCACGUGAAGAGGAAGCAACUUCAGCAACUCCUGCCGGACCUUGUUAUCCCAAAAAGGAGGAAGCAUUCGACUGAAGGACUGAAGGUGAACGAGGGCGGUGUGGACUUGUCGCUGGACAGUGAUAACAGCAUGUCCAUGCCCUCACCCACUGGCACCUCCAGUGCUGCCAGGACACCCUUCUCUGCCAGUCCUCACCGCUCCACAGGGAUCGCUGCCGGCUCCGAUUCUCAGGGGAAGACGGACACCUCGGGAGGCACGCAGCCUGCUACAGCGGGUCUACCAGAGCCGAAGACCUCCAGCAGGAGCAGUUCUCCACGUACACAGAAGAGACCGGGCUCACCCCUCCAUGAUGAGAACACCAAGAAGCUCAGAUUGCACGAGCAUUCGGCUGUGAAUGAGAGCAGUGCGGACUUACCUGUGGACAGGGAUAACGACACAGCCACGCCCUCGCCUACCGGCACCUCCAGGACAACCUUCUCUGCCAGUCCUCAACACUCAACAGGGACCACUGCCAGCUCCGAUUCUCAAGGGAAGAUGGACACGUCAGUGGACACGUGUUCUGCUGCAGCAUGUCCUUCUGGUGCAGGGAAAAGGCGGAGCUCGCCACUCCACCAUGAGCACGCCAAGAAGCUCCAAUUCGAGGAGGAUUCUACUUCAGAGUCAGUGGACCAGGCUGCUGAGUUUUCUCAGGGUAGCGAUUUCGCUGCUUUAGAUGGAGAGGUGAGAAUGGAGACGGAGGCAGCGGAGUCGGAUGCAGAAGGGAAGAUACCACCAACUCAGAAAGCGUCCAGCGCUGAUCUGUGUGAUGCUCCUCUUCCUCCUGCUAACCCCAUCCAUGUGGUGAAAAACUCCAUAAAGCUCAGACUGAGUAGGUAGAAUCAGUUAGGUCUCUCGUUCGACCUGCCUUCACAAUAGCAAGCAACAAACUGACCGUCGGUUACGUAUUUGCUGUGAAGAAACGCAACAUGGAGCCACAGUUCUGGCUACAGGGUGUCUACAAAGUUCUAAUUAAGACUUUCUUAAUUGUAUGCAGUUCAGUUCUGACAAAUUCAGAUGAUUCCUUGGACGGGGACGGAUCACGCGGUGUAGACAGGAUGAGGUCCUUCUUGCUGUGUGAACACGAUGGGAGAAAAGUGAAGCGUUCGCACUUACCUCAGUAUUAAAAUGACUGAAAUAGCGCAGCGAUGUGUAUAAAUUACACAGGAAGCUGUUUAUAACUUAGCAGAGUUUAAGACUCGAGAAAGUCGAAGUAGCACGAGCAAUUUGUCACUUGCUAGUGUGAACACAGCAUCAGAGAGGCCAGAUUAAAGCCUGUGGCUUACUAGUGUAGAGACAGAAUUAGAGCGGCGCACCCAGGGCCCCAUAGCUGCACUGUGUCUUGUACAGAGCACCCUUUCAUGGUUCCCGAAGGCUCUCGACGCAGCAUUUGACCUGAUCCACAAGAGGGCGACUCUGCACUUCUGUAAACUCCCUGAUGACUCUCCCACCACCACCCACUCCUCGCCUCCACAGACAAAAUAACAGAAGACGUUUUUUUUCAUGCACUUACAAACUCGUAAUGGCUAGACGUGCGAUUGUGUAAAGUCAUGUACAUAAAAAUUUAUUUCCAAUUUAUCUUCCUGUAUGUCCUUUGACACAUUUGUCAUUUCUUUAAAAUGAGUGCUUUUUUUUGUGAUUCUGUAUUAAUCAACUAAAGUACAUUAAGUUCAUCAGGACAUAUAAUAAAUAUUUUAUAACUGAAAAAGUUAUGUAAGGGGGGAUAUUUGACCAAAAAUCAUCUCUAAUCUGAGAUUCAGUCUAAACACUUUGGCUUGAAAGCAUCAAGCGGUUGCGAUAACAUCAGGUAUAACUGGUAGUUUUUUUUUUUUUUUUUUAACCUUGUGUAAAUCCGUUAUAAUGAAAAUGGGGGGGGGGACGACCACAAUGCAUUGAUUUGCUUUGGGCCUUUUCUUUUUAUGUCGGGAUUUUUAUUACUAAUCUGAAAGCAGUGAUGCAUAUUUAAAUGCAUUUUGAUCUCGCAUUAUUAGUACAUAAGCCCAAACAUUUUCUGUCAUAAGCUCUUGGCCGUGAUAAGAUGGAAAUCAGAGCAGUAGCAUCUAAAGCUUGGAAUUAAUGAUAAGUUUUUGAAGCAGAAGGAUUUAGUUGAUUCAUGAGAUGUGCACAGGCUUUUCUUAUUCAAUCUUUCGCUGAUACGUUAAGAGAUUUUGUUUGUCUUAAUUAUCUUUGUAAAUUGUUUGGAGACACAACAGUACAGCUGCUCGAGGAAUACUGUUCAUUCUACUGUGUGCAAAAGCAAAACUCUUUGGUUUCGUCAUGUCUUCAGUUCUUGCUUCUCUUCUCACAGGCUUAUUUGUAAAAAAAAAACAACAAAACAAAAAAACAAGCUGUUGUAAUUUUUUUUCACAAAUAAAGGUGUACAAAAAUGA